AUGGCGUCUACUACUAAACCCGGCGAGAAUAUGCUAUGGGGAGGUCGCUUCACAGGCGGCCUCGACCCCCUCAUGGUGGCUUACAACGAGAGUAUCCACUUCGACAAGGCGUUGUACAAGCAAGACAUCCUCGGCAGCAUCGCCUUCGCGCGCGCCAACAACAAAGGCGGUAUCCUGACCGACGAUGAGUUCAGCAAGAUCGAAUCAGGCUUACAAGCCGUGAUGCGAGAGUGGGACGAAGGCAAAUUCGUGAUCGUGCCGGGCGUAGAUGAGGACAUCCACACGGCAAACGAGCGCCGGCUCGGCGAGGUUAUCGGCAAGGAGGUCGCGGGCAAGCUGCACACCGGCCGUAGCCGCAACGAGCAGGUCGCCUGCGAUAUGCGCAUGUGGCUGCGCGACGAACUACGCAAGAUCGAGGACCACCUCAUCACUUUCCUCAAGGUCGCCGCCGACCGCGCCGAACACGAGGUUCAGUAUGUCAUGCCCGGCUACACACACUUGCAGCGUGCCCAGCCCAUUCGCUGGAGCCACUGGAUUAUGUCGUACAGCUUGGCCUUCGCUAGCGACCUCGAGCGCCUACGUGAGGUCGUCAAGCGUGUGAACAAGAGCCCGCUCGGAUGUGGUGCUCUAGCCGGGAACCCGUUCAACAUCGACCGCGACAUGAUGGCCGCAGAGCUAGGGUUUGACGGACUUUUGUGGAACUCGAUGGGCGGAGUAGCGGACCGCGAUUUUGUGGCCGAGACACUGCAAUGGGCGAGCAUGUUAAUGCAACAUGUGUCGCGGUGGUCCGAAGACUUAAUCAUCUACUCGACAGCCGAGUUCGGCUUCGUACGACUAGCGGACGCGUACUCGACGGGCAGCUCGCUGAUGCCGCAGAAGAAAAACCCGGACAGUUUGGAGCUACUACGGGGUAAGAGCGGACGCGUGUUCGGUCAGAUGGCCGGAUUCAUGACGACGCUAAAGGGGCUGCCGAGCACAUACAACAAAGACUUGCAGGAGAGCUGGGAGGCGAUGCUGGACACGGUCAAGACGGUCAGCGACAGCAUCCAAAUCGCGACAGGCGUACUAGCAACUCUAGACAUCAAGCCCGAGAAGAUGAAGGCGGCCCUCGACCCCUUCAUGUUGGCCACUGAUAUUGCUGACUACCUAGUGCGAAAGGGAGUGCCGUUCCGCGAGACGCACCACAUCUCAGGACGCGUAGUGGCGCUAUCGGAGCAGACCGAUACGCCGAUGAACGAGUUAUCGUACGAUCAGCUCAAGUCGAUAGACGCCCGCUUCGAGCAAGACAUUGCCGAGUACUUCGACUAUGAGCGCAGCGUCGAGAUGCGAGCCGCCAAGGGUGGUACUAGCAAGGAGAGUGUCCUAGAGCAGAUCAAGGUUCUGAGGGGCACUCUCGGCGCCUAA